AUGUUAAGAAGACAAGCUCGUGAAAGAAGGGAAUAUUUGUACCGUAAGGCACAAGAAUUGCAAGAGUCUCAAUUACAACAGAAAAGACAGAUUAUUAGACAAGCUUUGGCUCAAGGUAAACCACUACCGAAAGAGAUUGCAGAGGACGAGAAGUUACAAGAAGAUUUUAGAUAUGACCAAACGAUACGUGGGGAGCAAUAUGAGGAGGAAGUUGAUGAUGAAUAUGCCGCCAGUAGUGGUAUUAGUGAUCCAAGAGUCAUUGUAACUACUUCAAGAGAUCCAAGUACAAGAUUAUCUCAGUUUGCUAAGGAAAUCAAAUUAUUAUUUCCAGGUGCAGUACGUCUAAAUAGAGGUAAUUAUAUCAUGCCAAACUUAGUUAAAGCUUGUGUUAGAAGUGGUACCAGUGAUUUAGUUGUUUUGCAUGAACAUAGAGGUGUGCCAACUUCAAUAACGAUAUCACAUUUCCCACAUGGUCCAACAGCAUUCUUUACUUUGCAUAAUGUAGUAUUAAGACAUGACAUUUUGAAUCGUGGUAAUCAAAGUGAAGUUAAUCCACAUUUGAUUUUUGAUAAUUUUACUACACCAUUAGGUGAAAGAAUAGUUAAAGUAUUGAAGCAUUUAUUCCCACCUGGUCCUAAAAAAGAUGCCUCCAGAGUUAUUACAUUUGCUAAUAGAGGUGAUUAUAUAAGUGUAAGACAGCAUGUCUAUGUAAAGACUAGAGAAGGUGUUGAAGUUGCUGAAGUUGGUCCAAGAUUCGAAAUGAGAUUAUUUGAAUUAAGAUUGGGUACAUUGGAAAAUAAGGACGCUGAUGUGGAAUGGAAAUUAAGAAGAUUUGUUAGAACUGCAGGUAGAAAAGAUUAUUUGUAA